CCUCUUUUGACGAGGUCGAUAUCGUCGUCGACCAACAAACAUCAUCCACUACUCCCAGCAAUAGGUCAAGCAGACAAGCAACCAACCACACUCAUUCAAGCUACGAACAGUAUCCUUUCGAUAAGGAUUCCACGACCACAAACCCUACGGAAUCCCCAUCAGCCCCGUCUCCCUCCGCGGCGAUUCCUUUCAAUCAACUUCCCCCUCAAUCACCUCCGCGUUUCGGUUAACGAUAGUGCUGGACGACUACAUCAACAAACGAAUACUUGAUUGAACUUUCGAGCCUCUACCAUCUUGAUCUCCUGGAGAGACACAAGAGUGGCCGUCCUCUACAAUUCACGAACGCUUGUCGGACGUGAGCUACGACCACAAACGGGUCAAAUCAUACGCAACCUACCGACUCCCACCACACUCGCCCACAAAUAACCCUUUGAUCAAGACGUCUCUUCAAGAUGCACAUCCUCAAUAUCAAACCUACCUUCGCCCUCCUCUUGGCUCUGACGGCCACCGCCAAUGUAGUCACCGCCAACAUGCACCACCGGUCCGCCCAUAUUCAUCGAAGGGCUGAAAUCGACAGACGAGCCGGAGCGGCCUACAACGAGACGGACGGUAUGGAGCCUCUCUCCCGGUCUGUCGAGCUGGGACAUCAAGCGAGCUUGUCGUCCGCUGCCGCCGCUUCGUCUUCUUCUUUAGCGGCAGUCGCGGCGGCGACAUCCACUUCAGCGAGCGAGGUGGAUGUGCCGGCCACGACGUCUACGGCUGCUGCGGUCGGAGAGCAGGUCUCUUCGACUAGCGUGGUCCAGACUUCGACCGCAUUGGCCGAGACUGAUGAUGUCGUCACCUCUACUGCUACGGCCGCGACCACCGCUCUGGCCGUCGAUACCUCUGUAAUCGCCGCCAUUUCGUCCAGCUCUACUCCGAGCACGAGCUCUAUCGUCCCUACCACUUCGUCGACCACCCCCGCUGCUGUCCUCGCGACCACCUCGACCAGCACCGUCGUCCCUACCACGAGUAUCGUCCGAAGCACCGUUACGCCGACCCAAGAUCAGACCUUGUCCUCCGCCGCCUCGUUGGUCAGGACAACCGCACGAUCGGUAACGGCGAGUGCUAGCGUUUCGGCUGCGGCUGGGUCGAGCGAACAAGGCUCGAGCAAGUUGAGCGUGGGCAAGACGGCCAUGAUCGUAAUCAUCGUCGUGGCCAGCGUCAUCGUCGGUGCCCUAGCCAUCUGGACCAUCAUCCGAAAGUGGAAGUUGGGACCUAGCAAGAAGUUUGAUGAACGCAUGCAACCUCUCGACUUUUCGCCUCACAGCGGCAUGCCCGACCCUUUCCUUGAAAAGACCAGGAACCGGUUCUCCAACUCGUCCGUCUCCUCGGCCGACCGUCAACGACGUCAGUUCGUCUCCGAGCUCGACGCUGCUGAACAGGAAAAGUACGCCUACGAGACCCAGCCCAACUACCUGCACGGAGUCCCGAGCCACGACUUUACCGCUCCGCCGACUGCAGGGGGUGGCGUGGCCAGUUCUCGCUAUGCCGACGAUUACGACUAUGGGUACCCCGCUCAGCAGCAACAGCAACACGACUAUGCCGCCCAUGCCGACGAGACGGUCGGUGGAAACGACUAUGCCGAUCUCAGGAGGGGCCCUUCGACCGUGGGGACCAACUUUGCCGGUAUGGGUGCGGGUCCCGGUGGAUUAGCCUCGGCUGCUGCUCCGCCCGUCCCGCCCAUGCCUCAACACGCUGCUGAGAUGGGAGGAUACGAACACCAGGAGACGCUCUACAGCGAUAAUCCCAGCAGCUUGGGUCGACCGACUCAGGGUGAAGGGCCUUACUUUGCGGCUAGUCAGGCGCGAAGGUAUUGAGCGGGGUGAAAGGUCUGGGCGAGAUCUCAGCCUUUUGAAUUCGAUUGGUCCUCCAUACUGUCCUUUCGCUCGCGUCUCCCUUCCCUCUAGUUAUCAUUCUACUUCUCGUCAUUGUGUGGCUCGAUUUCGCGUCGAGGUGUCAUGUAACAACGUCGUGUGCUAUAUAUCUCGAACUCUAGUUUCAUCAUCUUGUACUAUGCUGCGGGACCGGUAGUCUGUGAUAUCAAAUUACGAUUGCGAUUGCG